AUGGCCUACGUCGAGCUCUCCCAGACGCUGGCCGAGUCGUUCAACGCGCUCGCCGACGAGGUGCAGACUCUGGCCGACCGCAAGACAGUUUUGGAACACAAACUGCGCUUUGCCCACGAACAGUUUCAAUACCUCGCCGACAAAUAUGCGCCCGCCGCACCUGAGAUAGCCGAUACACUGUCUAAGCUACAGCUCCCUCCGCACACCUCUGUGGACAACACAUCGCCCGUUCCGCUACCUCAACGAACAACGCAACCCUCGCAACAUCAUCUCGCUCUCGUCAUUCGUGACGGACGCCGUGCUGCCAGUCGACUUGCUGCGUCACUUGGAGACGCGAGCAAAACCACGGUUUCCAGCAAAGGCACGUUCUCUCAUGAUUCAAACGACGACGUCUCGUCAAUGUCAACAGCGCUGGAGCAAGAUUUCACGGUGCAAGGCAAAAGGAGUGCUUUGCAGUGUCCUUUUCAGAAGCCUGUUGAGGAUGUGAAUGGUAGCCAAUCGGCGCAGGAUGCGGGCAGCACCCACUAUGACCCCUCGGACCCGAUUUGCGCUGCCUUGGCUGACGGGACGGAAUCUUCCCAUGCUGCUACGGGCAAUGGGACGUCGGCUCCCAGCAAAUGUCCCAUUCGGUACCUCAACAAGCACAGUCCCGAAGAGGUAGCCCAAUAUGUGGAAAUGCACAAGCAUGAGCUCCCCCGCAGCCACGAAGUGUGUCUAAGACGGUACGGUCGAAAUGAGCAAGAAGUCCGCAAGCUUGACUCCAAGUAUGGCAACAUCGCGAGCAUGAUUGAGGAUCUAGGACAGCUGCAUCAGUCCAUGCUUCCUGAAGAUGCGGAACAGCAGCCAGGCGCCAGCGAUGGAGACGGCGCUUCGAAUCGUCGGGUUGAGAACUGGGCAAAUGCUGUCAACACUUCCUCGCACCCAGACGAUGAUGAAGCUUUACCUGACGAUGACGAGGAGCGCCAGAGCCACUUUGACAGGCCGCUCAAGGAGGUCAGAGUCGGUGAAUCCCCGAGCAGGCCCUGGGGCAUAUCGGUUCCCGUGUACGAGUCAGACGACCGUGACUUCAACCUCUUGUCGCCGCCGGCUGCUCCGCUGAAAAUGCCUACACCGCAUCAUCCUCCGGCCGUGCCCGCCGCGGAUGGCCCCAAGAAGUGUCCCUUUGACCACACCAAGUUUGCAUCACUCGCUGGCGGUCGUGGCGAAGAGACUCCUAAGCCUCCGCAAAAGGACGGGCCUGGUCUGCAGGGACCUCCGCCGUUUACACCCUUCCGUGACGAUGCGGCACGUCCUACGCCUGCGCCAGGCGUGCAACAACACCAGCCAGUAUUUGUGGCGCCAGAUGCCAUCCGAGGCAAAUCUGACCGACCCCAAAUGGUCUUUACAGGGCCGGUCUUUAUCGGGUAUCCCAUGGAUCAGGCUCUGCAGUUUAUGAAUCAGUAUCAGCGUCGUGCUUGA